UUUUUUUUUUUUUUUUUGUUUGAAACAGUUAAAAAUACAUUUUCCAAGCCUGUAUGUAGCUUUGGCUAGGGUGAUAUAGAUAAAAAUAGCUGGACAGAAUCUACUGUAAAUGCCAUGAAAACAAUAAUCUAAUAGUUUCAAGUCAGGAAGGAACUGAUAAAGCAAAAAAUAAACAGCUUAAACUUUGGCUCCAUUUUACCUUACUAUAUCGCUAUAAGCUAUGAAUAAAGGAAAAAAAUGCACUUUAUCUCAAUAUAAAUGUUUAGGGGGAUUUUUAUGUGUAGGUUUGAGUAUAUACACCUAAUGUAUGUGAGUGCUCACAAAGGCCAGGUGUGAGAUCCCACGUAACUGAGUCACAUUAUAUCCAACUGAAUAGAAUCUAUGUGUAGAGUGGGAUUACUGGGGUGGUUUCUAUGUGUACAUGGAACUACAUGUGCCAGAGUAGAUGUGUGUUAAGGCUGGAAGCCAAAUAGGAAUCUACUUUUAUUGCUCUCCACUUUAUUUUUUAUAAAAUACUUAAUUUUCUGUAUACAUGUGGCCUGAGUACAUAUAUAUAUAUACACCAUAUAGAUGGAGGAAGACAUGGACAUCACAGAGAUAUCUGAUCCCCUGAAACUAAAGUUACAAACAGCUUUGAGCUGACAUGUGGAUGCUGGGAACCAAACCUGAGGUCUCUGUUAAAAAGCAGUAAGUGUUCUUAACUGUGGAGCCAUUUCUCCACACUCCCCCUUCUACCUUUAUGAGACAGGAUCUCUCCAACCUGGAAUUCAACCAAGAACUCUAGACUGGCUAGACUGAUUAGACAGCAAGCUCUUGAGAUCCACUAGGACUGGAGGUAAAUUUUGCUGUAAACACCAACUCCCCCCACUUUAAAUUUAAGAUGUAUGGUCCAGGGCUCAGGUCCUCAUGCUUGUAUGGCAAGAAUUUUACAACUAAGCAAUCUUCACAAAUUUUUACAAUUAAAGAUAUUUUAAUAUAUACUUUAUAUGUAAGUAUAAGGAGAAAAAGAGUUGCUUAGAAAGACAUAAUACAAGAGUAUGAGUAUGGGGUUCUUAAAGAAUUGGUUUAUUAGAGAACAUUUUUAAAAAGUAUAUUUUAAGCAUGAGAAUUAAGAUAAUGACAGUUAGGAAAGGAACAAUAUAUAAUCAAGUGUGGGUACUAGCUUUUCCAGAGAACCAUACUUCAAUGUCUUCACAAUCAAAACACAAGAUUUAGAAAAGUUUUAAAACUAUUAUCUUCAAAGUUACUAAGAAACCUAAAUGGCCUAAGGGAUACCUGACAUGUUUACAACUGAUAAAGACCAAAGAAAAAACAGAAUCUUAGAUAUAUUUAGAAACAAGUAAACUUUAAAAUGUGCUAGCCUCAGUGAAAAUCAACUAACAGUAACACAUUAAAAUUAAGGUUUUAAACCACUGUGUAAAGUUCUGAGUUCACUAUAUAUAAAGCCUUGUGCUAUUCUAAUUGUCCCUUUGUUUUGUUUAAGACAGUCUCCCUAUGUUUGUGUGCAUAUCGUCAACUACAAUCAUGAGGAAAAAGGGAUCAUAGAAGGCAACAUAUACCAUACAACAGUAACAACAAAUAAUGUAUAAGUAUACACAUUUUUUUUGUUGUUUUUUGGUUGUGUUUUUGUUUGAGACAGGCUCUCUGUGUAGUCUUGGCUAUCUUGGAACUCACUCUAUAGAACAGGAUGGCCUACAACUCAAAGGUCUGUCUACCUCUGCUUCCCAAGUGCUGGGUAUAAAGGUAUGUGCCAUCACCACCAAACAAAGUAUAAUUUUUAAAAAGGUCUAAAAUCAAUCCAAGCAGCUAUUUCACAAGAGUAGAAUACAAAUAAAUUACAGAACAAAGAGAAGAAAAAUGUGAACAGAAACCACAUUUGGUUGAUAAGGGAAAAGUAAAGUCAAAAGAUUGGUUCUCUGCAGGGGAAAAUAAAGUCAGUAAAUAUCCAGCUAGUCAAAUCAUCAGAAAGAGCUGCAAGUGCCAGUCAGAGGUAGAGUAUUUAUAUCACCAAGGCCAAAGGAAGAAGGGAGGGUAAAGUUGCCAAAUGAGAACACCCUUUAACAAGAAGCAGUAUGGGGCUGGAGAGAUGGCUCAGCAAUUAAGAGCACUGGUUGCUCUUCCGGAGGACCUAGAUUCAAAUCGCAAAACCCAUAUUGUAGCUCACAAAUGUCUAUAACUCCAAUCUGACACCCUCACAUACAUGCAGGUAAAGUACCAAUGCAUAUGAAAGGUAGGUAAAUGAUAUAUUUUUAAAAAAGCCGUUUCUGAAUAAUUUUGUCAAGUAAAAUAUAGAAAUUCCAUGAGAGAAAACUUUUGAAGUGACUUAAAAAUGAAAAAAAAAAAAAAAAAAUUUGAAUUCGGCCGCUCCUGGGCCGUCCGGGCGCGAUACAUGUGCUGUGGUGGCGUGCACCUCUCACGGUGUGCCUAGCCGCCGAUGCCCAGGCUGCACGACCACGUCUGGAGCUACCCAAGCGCGGGCGCUGCGAGGCCGUACAGCCUCCCGCGAGGCAUGAUUGCGGCGGCCCUCUGUCCGCAGGGCCCCGGAGCCCCCGAGCCCGAGCCCGCGCCCCAGGGCCAGCGAGAGGGAACCGCAGCCUUCAGCACACGACCCGGCAGCUGGCACCAUGACCUGGUGCAGCGGAGCCUCGUGCUCUUCUCAUUUGGCGUGGUCCUGGCUCUGGUGCUCAACCUGCUGCAGAUCCAGCGGAAUGUCACGCUCUUCCCGGACGAGGUGAUAGCCACCAUCUUCUCCUCCGCCUGGUGGGUGCCCCCGUGCUGUGGCACGGCAGCCGCUGUUGUCGGCUUAUUGUAUCCCUGUAUUGACAGUCACCUGGGAGAACCACACAAGUUCAAGAGAGAGUGGGCCAGUGUCAUGCGAUGUAUCGGGGUGUUUGUUGGCAUCAACCAUGCCAGUGCCAAAUUAGAUUUCGCCAAUAAUGUGCAGCUGUCCCUGACACUGGCAGCCCUGUCCUUGGGCUUGUGGUGGACGUUUGAUCGAUCCCUAAGUGGCCUUGGGCUCGGGAUCACCAUCGCCUUCCUAGCCACGCUGAUCACUCAGUUUCUUGUUUAUAAUGGCGUCUACCAGUACACGUCCCCGGAUUUCCUCUAUAUCCGUUCUUGGCUCCUGUGUAUAUUUUUCUCAGGAGGUGUCACAGUGGGAAACAUAGGACGACAGUUAGCUCACAGUGACUGAGUUUGAGCACAUGAUUCAGGGCGGAAGCAGAAUGUGGAGACACUGGUCCUGGGUGUGGUGAAGAUGAUCUUUUUCUCAAUGUUCCAUUUAGACUGGGCUGAUGAUAAAUGACUCCUAAAGAUGCGUUCACGUAGUCUAAAUAGCAAGUGGAGGCAAGGUCUACUUACCUAAAGUCUUAUACCUUGCUCACCCACCCUCACACCUGUCUGCACUGGAACAUUCUAUCCCAGGCUGUGAGAGUUGGGUAAGGGGGCCGGUUCCCCGAGUAUUAGAUUUCACUCAUCAUUCAAAGCAAAAUGCCAUAUUUCAAAGCCUUGAAUCAAAAUGAAUUACCAACUAGCAGUUUUAUAUCAGUGCCCAAAGGAGAGGGGUUGAUGGUGCUUAACAGAGAUGAAGUAUGUGCAGUAAGAAUAUUUAUCCAGAAUUAAAAUAUAGGGUUGUGUAAAGAGGGGCUAAGGGCAGCAGUAAGUUGGAGGAAGAUCAUGCUCCCCGGAGGACCCAGUGCAGCCACAUCUCCAGGUCUCGCUCAGGCUGGCGCUCACACGUGGGUCUCAUCAGUGUGGGAACUAUGCUGUUUACUGACAGGAGGUUUGUAGACAAUCUUACUGACAGCCCAGGACAACACAAAGUCAGGAUUCUGCAUUUCGAUGCCGGACUUUUCAUCUCAAUUUAAGUGAAGUUUUAUCCAAGAUCUGGACCAUCUAAGAGUGAAUAGCUGUCUGCUGUUUCAGUCGUAAUGAGCUGAAAUUGUGUCUCUGUCACUCCAGAGUGGAGAGGACUUUUCCACAGCCCUAUGGAGCUUGCAAUCUGUGAUUGCCUUGUAAAAGGUUGAGUGUGCACGUCACUGCGUUCGGUGCGCAGUGUCCUGUGUGUGUUGGACAGCGUAGAACACAUGGGACCUUGCAAGUAUUGGGUCUUCAACUUCAAGUGCAAUGUGUAUGAAACCAAUCUGAGCCUUGUAUUCUCUUAAAUAUUUAUUAUUUUUUUUAACCGCGCGAGCUGUUCCAGAGAAGGGUUCUCGGGUCAUUUCAGAGCUGUGUGGAGGCACACUCAGCAAUACUGUGUCAGCCGUGACGCUCCCCAGUCACACCCUCCACUACACCCUAGUCCCCUGACAUACUCCAGGUUUGUAAGUUUAGUGAUUUUUUUUUUUUAAAGAUUUAUUUUAUUUAUAUGAGUACACUGUAGCUGUCUUCAGACACACCAGAAGAGGGCAUCAGAACCCAUUACAGAUGGUUGUGAGCCACCAUGUGGUUGCUAGAAAUUGAACUCAGGACCUGUGGAAGAGCAGUCAGCGCUCCUAACCACUGAGCCAUCUCUCCAGCCCAGUUUAGUGAUUUUUACUUACAAAUUUAUCCUUUUUUGCAUUCUAAAAUGUGUUUGUUUUAAAUUAUAUGGAACUGACUUGGUGAGGCAGUCAUUGGUCCCCGGGCAGGCAGAAGCUCUGCCUGUGGGAAUCGGGUUUGGGUUCACUCUUGCAGGGCUCCUCAUAGAGGCUUUGCUUAUUUUGUUUUGAGGGAAAUGUCUGGAGUAAACCUUUGUUUUCUGAAACUACUUUAGCUAAAAGAAAAUGGGUUGUUCUAGACUUUGGAAUGGUUCUUAAAGUUUCCUGGAAAUAAAAAUAAAUGAUUGGCACUUCAAAGACAUUCUUUAGCCAAGACUUCAGUGUCUAGCAGAAACCACAAGUGACUAGAAGAGCAAGUGAUCUUGGUGAUGCACUUGAUUGUAUACAAUGAGUAUUUUUUCUCUUAAACUGGAAAUAAAUCUGUUAGAAAUAAUGUAGCCAAAAAAAAAGGUGAAUCUGAAGGAUGCUUUUGCCAAUAGUUAGAGCAGUUACACUGAACCAAAGUGACUGAGUUUGUACAGAUGGCAAUCCGUACCAAGCAUACUCACUGUCCUGAUCUGAACACCCAGCGAGGUUCAUGUCCGUGCUAAGUUUGCAGCAUUGUGUUCUUUUGCAUUCUUUUUUUACUUUUAUUAAAGGUUCAAAACCAAAAAAAAAAAAAAAGAA